CUUUUUUCCUUGGCUUCCUUUUUCCUUUGAAUUCAUGGGCAAAUAUCGCCAAUUUCUUGAAUCCCCUGAGGCUCUAGCCACUUUUUACUCAUGAUUUGAAAUCCCUGAGGAUGUCUAGCUCACGAUUUGGAAUCCCUGAGAAUGUCCAUAUCUGUCUGAGACUGCCCACUGACAAUCUCAAUGGAGGUCUUGACUAUAAUUGCCUCCCACUUAUCACCAUUGUUGAUGGAGAAGUGAGAUUUCCCCUAAACCCCCUUCUACGAGAAUGUCUAAGUUCCUUUACCCUUGCUCCCAUCCAACUUUUUGCCAAUAUUUAUCACACCAUCAAUGGCUUUUUUGAGUAGAACAAGACUCAAGGCCUUCAAUUGGGACAGAUGGAGAUUCUAUCCAUUUAUGUGUUAAUCGCCUACAAUGCCAAGGCUGAGGUUCCAACAUUAAUGCGCUAAAAAACUUGCGACAAUAUCAAGUGCGACUUGAUGAUCUAAAGAAGGUUUGGGCUCGUCCCCAAGUAGAAAAAUCUACACCCCGACUCCUUGGGUACGAAUUAAUUGGGCCCCAUUUUCUUGACAAGGGAAAAACCCUUGAAGAAUCUUCUGAUCAACAAGGGAGUUUUACUAGUGUUGCUUUGAAUGAGCAGAAAUCUUUGCCUAUAAUUGACCUUACCAUGGAAUGAUGGAACUAUCAAACGUUGAUGUGAAGGACCUAGCGGCUGCUCUCUUAGCCUGUCACACCACCCCUCAUGCUCAAGAGAAAAAGAAGAGUCAACUGAACUUCAAAUUGUGAAGGUAGAAAAAGAAAUGGAACUUCUUUUGGACCCGCCCCAAUUGUUGUGGCUGCGGACUUUAAGUCUCCUAAAUCUGUGAAGUCUAUAAAACAACUUCCUUUUAUGAGCGAACUCUCUUCUCUAGAAUUUCUUGCCUCCAAGCCCUCGAAAGCUAAGGGACCUUCUCAGACCGCUCCUUCUGAUGUGGCUACAAACCGUUUUAGGCCCCAAUGUUCUUGUCCAAUCAUGCCACUUACGUGUCGACCAACGAUAGCUUCAUGGAGACUCUUAAGUUGAGCUUCCAAACCAAUAAAGGGUUUCUUCUGCCCAAGAAUACGGCUCCUUUCAAAAAGAUGGAUGAUGGAGUACUGCAUCACAUUCGCAUAUCUAGUACCAUUACGGUCAUCCAGGUAUGCCACGAGAGCACAGCCAAGACUAAAAAUGCAAGAAUCGAUGCCCAUAAUCAGACCAAGAAAGCAGUUGAGGCCAUAUGCUCUCGAGGUGAACUGGAGCAGAAGCUUAACCAGACCUUCGAGGUGGCCAAAAAGCUUCAGGUAGAGAAAGCUGUUGUUCACAAGGCAGUCCUGACUCUUCGUGGUGAACUUGAUGAGGCCCAACAAAGUCUGGAUUCUACUCUUGCUGCUAACAAUGAAGUGAGGAAAGAGGGGGUGGAAAAUUUGAACAAGUAUGCCCUGGACACCAAAAACAUGUACCUGGAAUAGAUUUAUAAGCUUCAGGAUGAUCUGUUAGUGAAUGGAUGGAGGGCUACUCCAGAAAAAGUUGGGAUCACUUCUUACUCCUCUAUGUACUCUGAACUUAUCCUUCAUUGGCCUAAGUAUACACCUGCUGCCAAAGAGAUGGUAAAAGAAAAGGUUGAGGAGGAAGAAGAAGAUCUUUCUGAGGAAGAACCAGCUGCAGUCACUGAUGUUGAAACAACGGCUCAUCAGAUCAAGUUACUAGCUCUGGGGUCUCUGAACCUCAAAAAGAAGCUUCCUCCUAUGUUACCCCUACACUUCCAACUGUUGAAGAUUUUGCUCUUUUUGAUUUCAUUCUAGAUAAAGUAGCCAAGGUUGUGCCUUUUGAAGCCUCUAAGACUGCUACUUUUAAAAACCCUGCUUUUUAAUAAAGAUGAAGAUUUUUCUUUUUGCUUCUUUUUUGCCUUUUUUUUUUUUUUUUUGG